AUGGUGGACAAUAUCAACGCCUAUACGACAGAUGAGCAAAUCCAACAACCAAGCCGGAAAAUCACGUUCGCACCUCCUCCCAUCCGACCAUGGUCUGAUAUUUCGCUAUACCUCUUAUCCGCCGGUUUCUACCUUGUAUCGAUCUGCUCAGCUCUACUCGGCAUAUCAUAUAUCUAUUGUCCAUCUCAAUAUGUACCAUUCAUAGAGCCAAUAUGUCAAGAUGAUCACUACAAAUACCUCAUCCCGCUAUUGGUACCUGUAAUAUCCUGGUUCGCCAUUGCCAAUUGGGUAGGGUGGGAGUACUUCAAAUACUCGUAG